AAAUAUUGCAACACACUCGUACAUACAUAAAUAUACCUAAAUUAUUAUUAAUUACACGAAUCAAAAUACGCACAAUGUCAGAUCCACAACGAAGCUUUGCCAUGUGCGCCGUGUUUGGUGUGUCGGGCCUGUUCUGCGGCGCUUUUGUCCAGCACGAGGUGUCGCUGAUGCAUCUAUUCGAUGCAAUAAAGCGGGAUCCCUAUGUGUACCUUCAUCGGCACAGGUUUUAUUCCAUUUUCUCCACCUUCAGCACAGAUCACGAGGGCAGAUUGUGGAAUCGCGCACCCGGGCUGAAGGACAAGCUCUGCCAGGAGCUGGUCCCACGGCUGUACAACGCUCUACUGGGGAAGCCACUGGAAGUCGAAGAGAAUGCCAGUUCGGUGGCGAAUAUGCUGGAUCUCAUCAAGUACGGACUGCCCAGCGCAGAGGGUUUGCUGGUGCACAGACAUUGCAUCAUGUCGCAGAGCAAAGAGAUGAGCAGCGCCAAGUGGAUAAUCGAGCAUUUUCGCUGGACAGACGGGGCAGAGGAGUCNUUUGUGUGUGUUGUGUUGGCAUAA